UGUGCGCUGCGGCUGCGCUUGUUGCUGCUGCUGCUGCUGCUGCUGCGGCUGCGGGGAGAGACGGGUACCUGUGCUGCAUCGCCACCACUGCAGAGUGUUUUGGGGGAGAGCACGUCCCCGCAUCUGGGUGUAGCCCGCUUGUGACUGCUACCAUGGCGAAAACAGUCACAUCAUCCGGUGCAAUAACAGGUGAAAAGAUGGCACCACCAUCCAUCACUCUGCUUCCUGAUAAGAGAUCCCUGACACACAGUCACAGCUCUCCGGUCCGAACUGGAAAAACUACUCUAUCAAACACAGAGAAGAAGCCACAAAUAAAUGGACACGCAUCCCCUUCACACACAGCAGCUAACAUCAGUAACACCCAUGCAGGUGUGGAGGGUUAUAUGAAGACAGACGACAGGAUGCGAUUAGCCAAAGAGAGACGUGAGGAGAGGGAGAGAAGCCUGGCGGCCAGGGAGCAGCUGAUCAGGGAGAAGGAGCGGAGAGCUCGGCUGCAGUACGAACGCACAGUGGAGGAACGCUGGAGGCGGCUAGAGGAGCAAAGGCAGAAAGAGGAGCUCCGCAGAGCUGCAGUGGAGGAGAAGAGGAGGCAGCAGCUCGAGGAGGAGAGGGAGCGCUUGGAGGCCCUGAUGAAACGCUCUCUUGAGCGAAGCCUUCAGCUGGAGCAGAGGAACAAACGCUGGAGCAGGGGCUGCCCCCAAGGAGCAGGUGACAGUGAGAAUGCCCCAAUCCCUUUCUCUGCUGCCUCCGCCUUUUCCCAUGGCAUUGCCUCCCCCCUUCCUGCUGUCAGCGAAUCUGGUAAAGUUAAGCCCACCCUUGACCUCCCAAAUGUAUCUCCCCCCUGUUCAUCCAAAAGUUACCAUGUCUGUGUUGUUUUGCCUUUCGGCGGGCUGAAACUUCAACUUAAACCAGAGGCAAAUGCGUUCUCUUCCUGUGAUGCAUGCAUGUUAGGCUGCUCUAUUGUUGGACUUUUAAAGGUCCUCUUUAUACUCAUCAUCUCUGCCAGCUGCAAAAAUGAGUCUCAUCAUGUCUGUCAUCAUGCAGCGCCCUGCAGUCCUCACAGGUCACCUUUGUGCGGCUCGCUGAACCCUCCAGAUCACAACAGAGCGGGACUUCGGGGAGGCUCUCAGUCCACUCCCAAUACCCCCAAGAAAGAGCGGCUGCGCAGAGACAGAAGAACUGCAUCACCAAGUUGCGAGUCACCUGCGAGAAGAUCCGAAUCCCCUGCUAGUAUCACCAGGCACUUGGCUUCUCCUACCACCUCCAAGCUGGCAUCUAAGAUCCGGGCCCAGUCUCCUAGCAAUGCACAUCAGUACCAUUACUCCCCUCCAAGACAUCGUCCAAACAUGUCAAGUGAUGACAGGAGAGCAGAAGAGAAGAAGGUGGAAAAACACAGUGAACAAUCCAAAGCUGAAACCGCAGUGAAAAAGAAUACCGACAUUAACAGCAUGAGUCCAUCUACACAAUCUGAGAAGAAUGUGGUCAACGCUGAAAUUGCUAAAACAAGAUCAUCUGAGGGUGAAACUUCUGAUAAGCACCUCAAAGGGGACACAUCUGAAAAAAAACAAUCUCCUGACAGAAAGGACCACGUGUCUCCCAAAGUGGAUUCCUCAGAGAAGAAGACACAGAGCAACAUUCAGGAUGAAGACAAGGAAAAAGGGAAGGCGGCAGCUGGCACAACAAAUGCAGAGGAGGCUACCAGGUUGCUGGCAGAGCGUAGGCGUCAGGCUCGAGUUCAAAAAGAACUAGAGGAGAAAAAACAGGAACAAGAGGAAGAAAAAAGACUAAUGGAACAGCAGCUAAGGAAGCAACUCGCACAGGAGCAGCAACAGCAAGAGGUGAAGGCUCAACAAGCAAAGGAAAAGGGGCAAAUUGCGGAAGAUCCUCAUAGGCUGAAACAAAAACAAGACAAAAAAAAGAAGGAGGAGCAGGAGAAGGAGCUACACACCCAGAUGGACAAAGAGAGAGAAAAAGCCAAAGUCCAGGCUCAAGAGGAUGCAGAGCGUCAGCGGCAAGACAGAGAACUGCAGACACAACAAGAAGAGGAGGAGAGGCAACUAAGAAAAAAGAGAAUUGAGGAGAUCAUGAAGAGAACUAGGAAGGGUGAAGCUGACUUGAAGAAGGAGGAACAGGUGGAGACAAACCCAUUGUGCCCACUUUUUUUAUUCUCCACAGGGGAUGUAAAGACUGUUCAAACUAAUGUUCAGGUCAAUGAACAAGCAUCCAAAAGUGUUGAGUUUCAGGUUAAAGAGCUGGUCACAGUCCAGGUCAACACGAGGGAAUGUGCCGUGGCAAAGAAAGAAGCAGCAGCAGCAGCACAGAUGGACAAUCAGAAGAGUGUGCUAGUUAAAAACAACACUCAUCAAGUGACACCAACACAAAGUGUUCUCCAAGAGAGACCGGACACCAAACAAACCAGUGAAGAGCCUGUCAGCCAGCGUAACAAAGAAAGCAAAGCCUGUGUUCUCAAGCAACAGGGCAGAGAGGUGGAAAUGAAUGUAAACAAGCAGCACAAAGCAAAUGUUAAAGCCACAGACCAAAUAAUUAAAGAGCCAACAAAGCCGAAAGCAGAUAGCAAAGCCAGCCAGAAGGAGGGCGGUUUGAUGAAUGGAGCGGUGAAGGCUAAAGGAAGUACCUUGAUGAGUAGCCAUCUAACUGCUGGGGGAAGCAAACAACAAAGCCUGCAUGGGUCAAGAGCUGAGGGAAAGGCUAAAGGAGGCUCUCAGAUGGAGGCUAUUACACCCUCAGUCACACCCACCCCGCCAAUCAUCAAGCUGGAGCCACUAGAUGUGAAAGGGACGAAAGGGACUGGGUCGUGUGAUGAGGUGCAGUCCAUGGAGGUCAGCCCAGCUUCAAAGGAAGAACUGGUUUCAAUCCCAGAGUUCUCACCAGUCAACGAAAUCCAGCACAGUGGCAUGAGUAACACCCGAGCUCUUGAAGAUCUGAUGGACCUGACAGGCAGUGUCACCUACCCCAAACUGUCUUCUGAAGGCAACAUAGGCGACUGCAACAAGAACCUCAUUGAGGGUGUUGUUAGUCCCAUGUCAGACUCAAAGCUCAUUGGGAUGUCGCCUUCAUCCUCAAAUAAACUCAGCAUCCAGUAGUCCAAUAAUCUCCCUCUUUCUCCUCCUCUCUCGCUUGCCUUCUCUCUCUCUUCCCUGACCACACACACAUACACUACUGUAUGUGCCCCUGUGCAACCACAUUUAUGGGAAUAGAGCCAUAGAGAUCGACUUAAAAAAACAAAACAAAAAAAAAACUGUAAACCACCGCUUGCAAAACAUCUCCUAUAGUCACAUAGCAACUGACCAUUGAAAUUAUGUGUCAAAGAUUUUGUUUAAUCAGUUCAGUUGUUGUUAUGAGGACAAGUGUGUGCAAGAUGAGCACAUGGGAAAGAGAGUCAGGGCGAAGAAAUGUGCCUGGAUAUGUGAAAGAAUGACAAAAAAACAACUAUCAGGGUUUUGAUUAUAGACAUAUAGAAAACACACUAUUGCUAACGUACAGGAGCUUGGUAGGAAUCAUUAGUUUUCCCUGCACAGAUCCCUCACAGCCCUCCCUGGGUCCCAGUUCAGUCCCAUUACUGGAGUAACAAAGCCUGCUCAGAGCAUCGAUGGCUGCAUUUGUUCCUCUGCCUUUCCACGUGCCCUCUUACGCCUGUAAACCUAAUUCAGUGUGUUGCUGGGAAAGACGUGACCAUUUCAUUUUCAUGACACCCUAAUUUCUUAACACUGCACAAAUACUCUUUCCAGGUAAUGUUAUUCAUGCAUGUACUGAUGACUGAUUUAGCUGGAAUUUAAUGGAUUUAAAGCGAGGUCUGAUUUUAGGAUUGUUAAUUAAUGUUUUCUUCUCUUGGCAAUGACUUAAUUCCCUUUAUUCCUUUUUAUCUUUAACCGGGACUUUCUAACUGCACGUGAGUGAGAAAGUCCAAAGCUGUAAACUUGAAUGUUAUUGCACAUUUAAAAAAAUCAUGGUGUCAACACAAAUGAUGGCACACUACUACAUGUUUGUUGCAGACUAAAGCAAAUCGCUAACUUGGACUUUUUGUGCAAAUAUACAGUAACUGCUUUCAUAAAAAUUUGUUUGACUGGCAAGACGCCCCUUUUUUCAGUGCUGCCAUUGAUUAAAUGGAGCUCGAAUGACAAAAAUGCUGACAGCUCAGCUACUUCAUGUCAUUUAAAUUGUUUUCUGUGGGUGUGCUAGGGGAUGCAUUAAUCUAUCAGACAUACAGUAACAUCCAUAGAUUCCAAUCAAUAGAUAUCUGGCUAUUGAUUUGUAGGACUGAAGUGCACUGGGGCAGUAAGUAAGUCUGCCCUGUAGCUACAAAGAUGCUGUUUGCUGUCACAGUUGUUCUCCGUCCAUCACGUUGUGGUCUGUGGUCCUGUUCAGGAAUAAUCUCCUUUAACUUGUUGAGCGAUUCAUAAAAUUACUAAUAAUUGCAAUUUUCUGUGUCAUAUCUAAAUGUCAUUUCAGUAGAGAUGCCUUAUGAGGGACUGAUCGGUUGCUUUAUUUUUGGGCUGAAACAUUGUCUGCUGGCUGUGUAUGUUUCUCCUUUCUGUUUGGCCACUGGGAUUGUUGUGCGUGACCUGUCAUCCUUGAACCUUGGUUUGAAACGCAUCAUUUCCUCCAGGAUUCAAGGCUUUCUGAAUUGUCUUAAGCAAAGUACCAAUAUAGUAACACACAGUAUUUGAAAAUUAGGAUUUGCUGUAUAUUUUGUAAAUUCAAACAGCUGUUCCACAUUGACUAAAAGUGCAAAGGGGUACUGAUCUUCAGGAAAGGCUAAUGAGUACAAAGAAAUGAUAUAUGCAACCACUUCAAAAAAUAUUCAAGUCUGCUCAUACCUAUAUUUCAAAACAGUCUCUCACAGCCCGCUUAACCCUUUAAGUUAUGUAAUUUCUGUAGACAUUGUGCAUGGUUAGCAUGGUCAUAAUAAUAUUAUCUGAACCAAU